AUGACAAUCAUCCGAGCCGUGCAGUCCUGGAGCUUCGGCAGGACCCGCCGCAGCGCUGCUCGCAUAGCCGUGCGCGCCCUUGUCCGCCGCCCCGCCCUCACCAAGGGCACCUUCGGCAGCAAGGCUAUGGUACCCCCUGAGGGCGCCAUAAGUCCGUUCAAGGGGCCAUGCUCCACGCCCAGCAGCUUCCACGCCAGCUUCGAGGUGCUCCCUGGCAACGGCCCCGCCGCCGAGCCCAGCGGCGCCGCCGCAGACGAGGCGCCGCGCGCGGCAUACGCCGUCAAGGCCGACCCGAUGCUCCUUGAAGCGGUGCGUCGGGCGCUGCCAGAGCUGUUUGCCCUGCCAAGCGGCGACGACGCCCCCAGCGCCGGCGGCGGCGGCGGAGCCGGCGGCGCGGCUUUCGCGCGGCUCAGCCCUGCGGCAUCUGCGGUCCUGGCGGACGCCGCCGCCGUCGCAGCAGCAGCAGCCUCGGAAACUGCGAUCACCCUCGAGACAGCGACGCAUGUGAUGUACGGCGGCUGCUUGUACCCGCUGCUGUGGAAUACCGAUGGCGAGCCGAUAAUCCUCGCGCCCAACUACAUCGACGCAAGGGCGCUGCCAGGCGUCGGCACGCGGCUGCUGGACCUGGCGCCCUGCAGCACGGCCCACGAAAGGAUCAAGCAGCUCAAGGCGCUGGGCGCCGUGGUGGGCGACGCGAGAAAGACUGCGCCGUACGAGGCAGGAGACGCCCCUCUCUUUGACGCCGGCGCCCGCCUGCACGUGGUGUACCCGAACGGCGAGGUUGCCCCGGUAUUCACACUAGAGCACGACGACAUGACCGUGCACUAUUAUGCGGCGCCCCGCGUAACUGUGUCGGGCGGGAUCUUGACCGGCAAGGGCUGGCCAGAGGCACGUCAAAUGAAUCUGGCAAAGCUGCCCAUCGACUGCUACCACGAGGUGUACCUGACUUGA